AUGAGCGGCGGUGUAGAUUCGUCUGUCGCUGCCCUACUACUGCAACGGCAGGGUUUUGACGUGGUCGGCGUUACCAUGAAGCUCUACAGCCUUGACCAGGCAGAUCUGCCCGACUAUUACCGAGGCUGCUGCACCGUGGAUGAUGUGGAGGACGCCCGCAUUGUCUGCCAUCGGUUGGGUAUACCCCACUACGUGCUGAAUCAGGGGCGCACGCCGCACCCUUGCAUUGCCUGCAACGACAAGAUUAAGUUCAACUUCCUGGCCACCCGCGCUUCGAUACUUGACGCCAAGUACGUGGCUACCGGCCACUACGCCCGAAUAGAGAACGGGUCCGAAGGGUUUGCCCUGAAGAAGGGACUGGAUGCUGCCAAGGACCAGUCCUACGUGCUUUUCGGCAUGGGACAGGAGGAAUUGGGCCGCACCCUGUUGCCCGUGGGCGGCUACUCCAAGGAAGACAUCCGGCAGCUGGCCCUGGAGGCCGAUUUCCCCAACGCCGAGAAGCCGGACAGCCAGGAUAUCUGCUUUAUCCCCUUCGGCGAUUACAAGGCUUUCCUGGAAGAGCGAAUAACCACUUCCUCCGGUGAAAUUGUUGACCAGGAUGGCGAGGUACUGGGGCAGCAUAAAGGCAUCGAGUUUUUCACCGUAGGCCAGCGACGGGGACUGGGACUGACGAGUACUGAGCCACUCUUCGUGCUUAGGGUUGACUCUCAGGCCAACCGGGUUGUCGUGGGGCCAGAGUCCGCGCUGUACCAGGGUCAGUUAAGCGUUUCCCGCGUCAAUUACGUUGCAGGUCAAGCUCCCGCUGGGCCGACACCAGUCAAGGUGAAGAUACGCUACAAAUUCGAAAGAGGCUCCGGCGAUACUGCACCCUCAGCCGGAAGGGGCCUCCGUGGUUUUUGA